UUUUUUUUUGUAUGUUUUACGUUUUAUAUUUUAUGUUUCUUUUUCUAUUUUCACUUGUUCAGUAUGCUUUAUUCAUUAUCUAAAAGACGUCAAAAUAUUCCGGCAGGACUUAUAUAUACUGCAAAACAAUAUCAAGCAUUAAUGAAAUUAGUUUUAGUCACAUCAAGUAUAUCCUUAUUUUCUUCUUUUGCAGUUGUAUUUUCUUAUCUUUAUUUGCGUAUAUCACAUCCUGAUAAAGCAAAUAGAGUCUCUUUACAUUGCGUAUUUUUUGCUACUUUUAUGGAUUUACUGAAUACAGUAUUUUCUAUCAUCAUUAUUCUAAUAUACGGUGAUACAGCAAUAUGCAGAACAAGUAUUAUUUUUAUCAUGUUCUCGAGAAUCAUGAGUACUAAUCUCUUGACAAUUGUUGGUGUGAAUCUUGUCUUGGUCUUUGUAUUUCACAUUUCUUGUCCAGCACAUAAAUUAGAACGAACUUACUAUCUUUUUGCCUUUAUUUAUGCGUUAAUAACACUUAUUAUACCAAUUGUAAAAGAAGCCAAUGAUUCAUUCUCAAGUGAACAUCUUCAAUGUUAUUAUUUUAUUCAGUAUUAUCGAUUUGGUUUUGGUAAUUUACUAUGGAUGUCUUAUUAUGGAUUUUUAUUUUUUGUAAUUGUCAUUGCAUUUGCUUGUUCAACUAUGGCACUUUUUAAAUUAUUAAGAGAAAACAGGAUGGUCAUUAGAAAAUUUGUUCACAUUGCUGCCACUUCACAAACAGUUGAAACAGCUAAUAAUACUAUUCAGCAACGUAUAAAAUAUCAAUCCAAUGUAUUUAUUCGCGUCGUUUCAAGAUGUAUUAUUUAUCCAUUAGUUCCUCUUUUAAGUAACAUUUGGGGUUUUAUUUUCCAGAUUAUUCUUACGGAUACAUCAACAAAUACUCCAAAUUAUCCAUUAGCAUUAGUAGAUGUAACAUUUAAAAGUCUUCAGGGACUCUUUACAGCUAUCGUCUUCUUUAGUGAUCCAGCAAUGACAAGUUUUAUGAAUGAACAAUGGAAAUUAUGUAAACAAAAAUAUGUAGAUGAUUACAGUCAAAUUCGUGAAUAUAGUGAUGGCCAAAUAGAAAUUAUUCCUAUGAGUUUAUCGCAAGACAGAAUCCACCAUCAUCAAAUAGACACUCUAAAUCAACAUAGAGAGCCUAUCUCAUCACGUCAUUCUAUUAUUAAAAUGCCUUUAAAGGCUCGAUUUCAUCAUAUUGAAGAUACAUAUCCUAUUCAACAUUCACAAAGUAUAACAGAAGGUACUAAUUUAUAUUCUACUACUAUUCCGAUGCGUCGUAUGAGUGUCCCUCUUUCAGUUUAUAACAGUCAAAUUCAACACCAUUAUUAUAAUAAUAGAAAAGAAAGCAAACAGUCUACUUUUAUUUCAAGCGACCAUUCCUUUAUGAUCUCACCUAUCCAUCAUGGUCUUGCCUAUCUUGAUGAAUCAACAUCCUCCACAAGAGAAUCUUUGCCUAUAAUAACAACAAAUGACUAUAACAAAGAUGAAAAUACAGCUCAUGGAAAUAUAUUUGUACCUUAUAAACAUCCUCGUGUAGCUUCUGUUCUUCAUUGGAUUCUAAUCCAUUGCGGAUUUCAUAAUCAGAAAAAUAUAGAAGAAGGAGGGAUGCUAUCUGACUUUAUACUUCAUCAUUACAACAUGGAUACUAAUAAUAAUAAUAAUAAUAAUAAUAGCACUAUUCAUUUUGAUAAUCAUACCACAGCUAAUUCUUCUUUAUCAACUAUUGUACAUAUUCCUCCAUCCAUUCAUCCUUUAGCUAGAAUUAAUGAUGAUGAUGAUGAUAAUUAAUUCAUCAUGUAAUAUAUACGACUUUAAUUAUCAACUUGUACUUUUCUUUUCUUCUUCUUCCCUCUUUUUGUAUAGAUAUAAAUAUAAUAAAAGAAGAAGCCUAUUUAUUAUUUCUUUUUUAUUGCUAUCCUACUACUACUACUACUACUUCUAUUAGCCAAG